AAGGAGAGCGAGCGAAAGAGAGAGGAGAUCAAGGGGGAGAAAGGAAGAGAGAAUUUGCUGAAAGAAAGCAUUUUUGCCGGAUAGAAGAAAGACAGCCAUGGAAACUCAAUCAGAGGAAAACCAAGACCAGAGGCAGGACAAAAGAGGUUGCUUCGAGUGCUGCAUCAAGUGUCUAGGCGGCGUGCCCUACGCGUCGCUGGUGGCGACCAUCCUCUGCUUCUCCGGCGUCGCCCUGUUCUGCGGAUGCGGGCACGUGGCCCUGACCGGCACGGUCACCAUCCUGGAGACCCACUUCUCCAAGGUCACCACCGACCACGCCAUGCUGACCGACGUAAUACAGCUGAUGCAGUAUGUCAUCUACGGCAUCGCUUCGUUUUUCUUCCUGUACGGGAUCAUCCUCCUGGCCGAGGGCUUCUACACCACCAGUGCUGUCAAGGAGCUGCACAGCGAGUUCAAGACCACCAUCUGUGGACGGUGCAUCAGCGGAAUGUUUGUUUUCCUCACGUACAUCCUGGGCGUGGCCUGGCUCGGCGUCUUCGGCUUCUCCGCUGUGCCCGUCUUCCUCUUCUACAACAUGUGGUCCACCUGCGCUGCCAUGAAGUCUCCCGUGGCCAACGUCACCAACAUCGAUUCCAUCUGCGUGGAUGUGCGUCAGUACGGAAUCAUUCCCUGGAACGCCACACCAGGAAAGGCCUGCGGAUCCACGCUAGGUGACAUCUGCAACACCAGCGAGUUCUACCUGUCUUAUCACCUGUACAUCGUGGCGUGCGCCGGGGCGGGAGCCACCGUGAUCGCUCUGAUCCACUUCCUCAUGAUUCUCUCAGCAAACUGGGCCUACCUUAAGGAUGCCAGUCAAAUGCAUGCCUACCAAGACAUCAAAAUGAAGGAAGAGCGGGAGCUGCAGGACAUCUCGUCACGCUCAAAGGAAUGCCUCAAUUCCUACACAUAAGGAUUCAUUCAGACACACUCAGAUCAGACAUGCACAGACACCGAGGCCGAGCACUGUGGCCCCCUUUUUUUUUUUUUUUCCAGACCAAGGCGACGCUAACAUAACCUGCCAACUGCCCUGACACUGUGCAGUACUAACCAGGCUCCUAACAAACUAAUGCAUCAGUGUUUGCUUUCUGCACUAACUUCAGGUGUCUCUCGGGACUUCAUGCCGAUGUUAAUUUUUUUUCAUUUCACGUAGUCAUUGAUUCUCUGUAGCCUUUUUUGUUUUUUUUAAAUAAGCCAGUUUUUUGCUGGUAAAGCUUGAGACAUUGCACUAUUUGUAUAACAAUGAGAGUUUGUUUAAUAGUCUCGCUCUGACCCUGCGUGGCUCAGUCCUCAUUAUAGGGAGGAACAUUUUGUUUCUGCUGGUUUUCAUGAUCUAGAAGUUUCACACGACGUGUAAGGCCUUACGUACGACCUGAGCUGGCAGCCACAGUGUGCUCACAUUAACAAGAGCUUUUAUAUUAAAGAAAAAUAAUCAAUGUACUUCAGAUGUUUUACACUACAUCGCAGUGUUGUGUUGAUUGGGUUUAGAUUCUUCCUCAUCCAGGUACCCGAGACAUCCAGAACAUUAAUGGCCUACAUUAACACUACCUCAGGUGUGCACCAGAGCCUAUGGACAAGUUAGGAAACCUUUCGCCCUUUUUUGAAGCACAGUCUGAAAUUCCUGUUUUAAUUGUGCACUUGGGGAGCGCACAGAUUUCACAGUAUUCUAGAAAUCACUCUUUCAGGGUAACGCCAUAAACAAUGGCUUGCUGAAUAAACGUGGAUGCUGCCAAUAAGUGAGACGAAUUCAAUAUCUUAAAUCUCACAUGUAUUCAUUUAGGCAAAUGUAUACAGUUAAAUCUGUUUUAAAAAACCCGAAGAAACAUGCAUAACUACGCUCCCAUGUGCAUCAUCACUAUUUCAAAAAGAGCCAGAUAACUUGAAGUGAGAACAGUCAAGUUUUUUUUUGUAGGGUUUUUUUUUUUUUUUUUAGAAAAAAAAGUCUUAAUCUUUUCUUAAUUUUCUAUAAAUGCAUCUGUUUUUGAUGUGCAAUUGUCAUGAAGUUGACAGAAUUACUCAUGUAAUCUUAGUUACAGGGACAACUCGAUGUUUCUUUGUUGCAUGAAAGCCGCUGUUUCUGCAGUGACGUGUGUAAUGUACAGUCAUGUAUACUGACAGCAGUAGUAGGCAGUGUUUGCCUCUUUCCUUUUUAUUCUAACCGAAAACAAAUUAACUCAUAUAGCUUUUUAGUUGUUUUUUAUAUAUAUAUAUUUUUAGGUUCUUUCAUUAAACUGAGAAGUAUAUGAGUAUUAUUUUGUUGCCUGAUAGUAUACCUGUAUUUUCUAUGAAUGUCAAGGGCUUCCUUAUAACUCGUUGAUUUUAAUUCACCGCUGGAGGAGCAGUUAAAGCGCCAGUCAUUU